ACUUGUGACGGGCACAGUGAUCUGGCCGUGAUGGUUGCCAUGGGUCACCAGCGCUGCAGCAGACGAGACCCCGUGCUCAGGAAGCAGGUGCCCCGCACACAGAGCUCCCCCAGCCCAGAGCGGCCGGCUGGACUCUCAGCUACUCUGUUAAAUUGACAUACUGUGAAAAAAUGCAGGCUCUUUGCAACCAUCUGCGAGUCCAGGGGAGCCGUCUCCGCCAUCCAUCCUUCCUGCACAGCCAGAGUUAAUAGUGAGCGCUGGUGACCAGAUGAGGCUGGUGUGCACCGAUCCAGCCUUCGUCAGGUGGACUUUCAAGAGCCUGGAUCCCCACGCGAGCGAGCAUCAGGACAGCGAAUGGGUCAGAGAGAACGCCGAGGCUAUCCACACAGGCAGAUACACGUGCAGCAACAAGCACGGCUUAAGCAGCUCCAUUUAUGUGUUUGUUAGAGAUCCCGCCAAGCCUUUCCUUACCGGUCUUCCCUUGUAUGGAAAAGAAGAUAAUGACACGCUGGUCCGCUGUCCUGUGACGGACCCAGAGAUGACCGAUUAUUCCCUCAAGGAGUGUGACGGGAAGCCUCUCCCCAAGGACCUCGUGUUCGUGCCCGACCCCAAGGCCGGCAUCGUCAUCAAAAAUGUGCGGCGUGCCUACCACCGACUCUGUCUGCGCUGCACUGCCAGCCGGGAGGGCAAGCUGGUGCAGUCGGACAGGUUCACCCUGAAAGUGAGGGCAGCCAUCAAAGCUAUACCAGUUGUGUCCGUGUCUAAACCCAGCUAUCUUCUGAGGGCAGGGGAAGAAUUUACAGUGACGUGUACAAUAAAAGACGUGUCUAGUUCUGUGGGCGCAAUGUGGAUAAAGGAGAACAGUCAGCUAACUAAAGCCCAGGUAAAACGUAAUAGCUGGCAUCAGGGCGACUUCAAUUACGAACGCCAGGAGACGCUGACAAUCAGCUCAACAAGAGUUAAUGACUCUGGAGUGUUCAUGUGUUACGCCAAUAAUACUUUUGGAUCAGCAAAUGUCACAACAACUUUGAAAGUAGUAGAUAAAGGAUUCAUUAAUAUCUUCUCCAUGACGAACACUACUGUAUUUGUAAAUGAGGGAGAAAAUGUAGAUUUGAUUGUCGAAUACGAGGCCUACCCCAGACCUGCACGCCAGCGGUGGCUGUACAUGAUGAGCAGGACCUCCACCAGCAAGUGGGAAGAUUACCCCAAGUCCGAGGACGGAAGUAACAUCAGAUAUGUCAGCGAGCUUCACCUGACCCGGCUAAAGGCGACCGAGGGAGGCACUUACACGUUUCUCGUGUCCAACUCUGAUGUCAAUGCUUCCGUGACAUUCUCCGUUUACGUGAACACAAAACCAGAAAUCCUGACUUACGACAGGCUCACGAAUGGCACUCUCCAGUGUGUGGCAGCGGGAUUCCCGGAGCCCACAAUAGAUUGGUAUUUUUGUCCAGGAACGGAGCAGAGAUGUUCUAAUUCCGUCCAACCAGUGGACGUCCAGGUUCAGAACCCCUCUGUGCCACCAUUCGGAAAGCUCCUGGUGCAGAGCUCCGUAGAUUCUAGCAUGUUCCGGCACAAUGGCACUGUUGAGUGUAAGGCUUCCAACGAUGUGGGCAAGAUUUCUGCCUACUUUAACUUUGCAUUUAAAGGUAACAACAAAGAGCAAACCCAUCCCCACACCCUGUUCACCCCACUGCUGAUUGGUUUUGUGAUCACAGCUGGUCUGAUGUGCAUCAUUGUGAUGAUUCUCACCUACAAGUACUUACAGAAGCCCAUGUAUGAAGUGCAGUGGAAGGUUGUCGAGGAGAUAAAUGGAAACAAUUAUGUUUACAUAGACCCAACACAACUUCCUUACGAUCACAAGUGGGAGUUUCCGAGAAACAGGCUGAGCUUUGGGAAGACCUUGGGUGCUGGCGCCUUUGGGAAGGUUGUGGAGGCCACUGCGUACGGCUUGAUUAAAUCAGAUGCGGCCAUGACUGUCGCUGUCAAGAUGCUGAAACCAAGCGCCCAUUUAACGGAGCGAGAGGCCCUCAUGUCUGAGCUCAAGGUCCUGAGUUACCUCGGGAACCACAUGAACAUCGUGAAUCUCCUCGGAGCGUGCACUGUGGGAGGGCCCACCCUGGUCAUUACAGAAUAUUGUUGCUAUGGUGAUCUUUUGAAUUUUUUGAGAAGAAAACGUGAUUCAUUUAUUUGCUCAAAGCAGGAGGAUCAGGCAGAAGCAGCACUUUAUAAGAACCUUUUGCAUCCAAAGGAGUCUUCCUGCAGUGACAGUGCCAGUGAGUACAUGGACAUGAAGCCUGGAGUUUCUUACGUUGUCCCAAACAAGGCAGACAAAAGGAGGUCGGCUAGAAUAGGCUCAUACAUAGAAAGGGACGUGACUCCCGCCACCAUGGAGGAUGAUGAGCUGGCCCUGGACCUAGAAGACCUGCUGAGCUUUUCUUACCAGGUGGCAAAGGGCAUGGCUUUCCUUGCUUCGAAGAACUGCAUUCACAGGGACCUGGCAGCCCGAAAUAUCCUCCUCACUCACGGUCGGGUCACAAAGAUUUGUGAUUUCGGUCUCGCCAGAGACAUCAAGAAUGAUUCUAAUUAUGUGGUUAAAGGAAACGCCCGGCUGCCUGUGAAGUGGAUGGCACCAGAAAGCAUCUUCAACUGCGUGUACACCUUUGAAAGUGACGUCUGGUCCUACGGGAUUUUUCUGUGGGAGCUCUUCUCCUUAGGAAGCAGCCCCUACCCAGGAAUGCCGGUUGAUUCCAAGUUCUACAAGAUGAUCAAGGAAGGGUUCCGGAUGCUCAGCCCCGAGCACGCACCUGCUGAAAUGUAUGACAUAAUGAAGACUUGCUGGGAUGCCGAUCCUCUAAAACGGCCAACAUUCAAGCAGAUUGUCCAGCUCAUUGAGAAGCAGAUUUCUGACAGCACCAAUCACAUUUACUCCAACUUGGCCAACUGCGCCCCCAACCCAGAGAACCCCGUGGUGGUGGACCACUCCGUGCGGGUCAAUUCGGUCGGCAGCAGCGCCUCCUCCACACAGCCGCUCCUUGUGCACGAGGAUGUGUGAGCGGGAGGACCAUGGCAGGCGUCCCCUGCAGGAGCGGUCCCUGUUCUUCUGACUCCGUGCUGGUUACUGGGUUUUCCUCCGACUUGCAUCCUGUGCCGGGGUGGUGGGCCCCCACUGCAACCCUGUCUUUCUGAGCACACUUUAGUGGCUGGUGAUUUUCUUGUCAUUGGCCACCAACCCGCGGGACUGUACAUAUUCCCCAAAGCAAAGUAGCUCCUACUGUACACAGAGAAAAAAUUCUGAUCUAGAGAAAGGGAGGGUGGGGCGGGGUGGGGUAGAUGCCCAGAUUUCUUUCCGAUGCUUCUCCAGUUCUGUCUGAAAAGUAUGGUUGGUUGUUUAUUUGAAUAAAUAGAAGUACUCGCCUUUGGCCUACAGAAAGGAUCCAGGAUGGUAGGAAGAUGCAUCAAUCUGUGUGUGGGAAAUAGAACAUGGUUAGAAUAAAGGACACAAGGAUGAAGAUCUGGGUUUCAGAAAUCUAACAUUUCAUGCUGAGAAUGAGACCUAGGCCAAGAAAAAGUGCCCCUGAACCUGAAAUAAAGACACUGCUGUGGACCACUGCAUGAGCUUCUGCAUACCUGACCUGGUGUUUAGAUAGAAUUUGCUGUCAGCAGUUGAGUUGGAGAAGAGGCCUCCCUCGCCAGCAUCUGUAUAUACUCAUCUGUAGCUCGCACGUGUCCGUCCGUCGGAGGGGAGCCCACGGGCUGAGUUUCUGAGUACAACCCUGGUGUGACGUCCGCCGUGUGCAGGAAUAGAUGGAGCCAUACAAAUUUGAGGGAAACAGUUAAUACUGCUUUUUGUUUUUUUAAGGAAAGAAUCCAGCCGCCAAGCAUAGUCCGAACAGAAACCUUCUCUUUUAGCCAAUGAACUUGCCCUCUCGAUUGUCCAGAGCGAGCCUGUCAGCUUCAGGAUAGCAUUGUACUAAUGGAUUUGAUGCUGUUUGAAGACGACACUGGUUUACCACGUGGUUCUGCAGUGCUGUCUCGUUUGGAUUCUUGUGUAGCGGGAAGUAGAAGUUAGAUUCAGCCUUCCUUGCAGACAUGUCCUGGACGUCGGGCCAGUUCUCAUAUGAGUGUGUGUGCGUGUGCGUGUGCAUGUGGAGGCGUGUUUGAGGGGAUGCUUUUCCCCUGAGUCCAACAGGCUCCUUCGAUACCCAAGAACUAACUUGGCUUUCGUCACCAGCCUUGCGUCUCUGCAUAUAGCUGCCUAGAACAGCUUACCAAAAGCUCGCGUAGAGGCUUGUCAGAAGUGGGGUGCUUAGGGCCCUACCUAUUGCAUUCCCUGCACAUUUAAGGCACUCUGUUAUCUAUACUUAACAUACUGUACCCAUUCCUUAGACCUUACGUAAUACUACCGUUCCACUGAAACGUAUGUAAGUGUUACCCUUUAGGCUGUGGCCUGGAUGUUGUUCUUGGUAGUUUACCUUCUUUCUCCCCGUCUCCUCCUUGCUGCCUAACUUAAGAGGUGAAUGUGUACAUGGCAAGGUCUGUGUGUUGUCUUGCCUCAUUCAGGUCUGUGGCCCGCACAGUUUCCCUUAUCCGUCCCUUAGAUUACCUUUAGAGCAGUCUGCCCAUGAAUCUGGAAGUAACCAUUUGCACUGGAGUUGGAUACUCUGCACCUUUCCAAAGGUAACAGGUUUGGGGGUUGUGUUGUCACGUAGAAGAUUGUUCCCGUUUGCCAUACUUCGUCUGAGAAAUUCCUUUGUGUUCCUCUUGACUUUAAUUAUAGGAAGAAAAGUUAAUUGUAGAUGUCUAGGUACUUCAGGGGCACUUCAUUGAGAGUUUUGUCUUAGAUAUCCUUGAAAGUUUAUAUUUUUAUAAUUUUUUUUACAUCUGAUGUUAUUUUGCAGUUGCUUAAUGUUUGAAAUUAUUUUGUGGCUUUUUUGUAAAUAUUGAAAUGUAGCAAUAAUGUCUUUUGAAUAUUCCCAAGCCCAUGAGUCCUUGAAAAUAUUUUUUAUAUAUACAGUAACUUUAUGUGUAAAUAUAUAAGCGGUGCAAGCUUAAAGGAUGUUGUGUUUUCAUGUGGUUUUUCCUGAUAUGUUGUCCAAUUGUUGACAGUUCUGAAGAAUUCUAAUAAAAAUGUAAAUAUAUAAAUCAAA